AUGGAUACUCCAAAUAAUGAAAUACUAUUUUGGAGAAUCUUUAGAAAUAUAUAUUUAUUCAAUACCAUUUUUUCAAAUUUCAAAUUAAAAAAAAAAAAAAAUUAUGAUAGAUUGUAUGAUCCCAAUUACAUAUACGAACAUUUCAAAAAUAGUAAAAAGAUUAUUAAAGAUAAAGUGAAAAGUUCAAAAAUUUUAUUUGUUUUUGACCAGUUAGGUUUUUCUCCAAACAGUUUUGAAAUAGUUGCAAAAAUAAUCAGAAAAGAUAAUCAAAAGAAUAUAGAUUUUUAUAAAAAAUUAUUUUUAGUAUAUUCAAAAUCAAUACCACCCAAUUCGCAACCUAAAGAAACUAUAAUUUCAAUCAUUUUUCAAAAUUCAAACAUUCCACUAUUAAAAGCAUACCUCCCAAAUGGUUCUCCUCUACUCUAUCAAAAUUUAUUAAUUUACGAUUAUAAAAGUUUAAAAAUUGUUCAAUAUAUAUUAUCAGAAGAAUUUUUAAAUAGUAAUAAUAAUAAUAAUAGAAGAAUAAAAGAAAAUAUUAAAACUCAAGACAUUAAUCUUUAUCAAGAUUCAUUCAAACUAAAACAUUUGCUCAAGAUCGUUUCUUAUUUAUGUGAAGUCUAUAGAGAAGAACCUAUCAUCCAAGAAUCCCAAUUUUAUAAAGCUAUUUCAAUAUCAACAUAUCAAUUUACCAAUGGUCAAUUAAAAUCUAGUAUUAAUAAGCUAUUAUCACCAACAACCAGUUUAAUAAUAAAUAACAAUCACAAUCUUAAUGAAAUAAAAAACAUCAUUUUCAACUAUAUUCAGUUGUUUUAUUUAUUCAAUACAGACAGUUUACAAUCAUUUAAUUAUUUUUUAUUAUUCAAAGGAAUAGAUGAAAUUCAAAAGGAACUUCAAAGAGAUAGAGAGGGUUUAUUUGAAAAAUAUAAAAAUAUUUUAGAGAUGUUAAAAAGCACUAGUAGCCCUGACCCCAAGUUUUUUUCUGAUUACAUCAAUCGGAUCUUUGAUUCAUUAUAUAUUUUUAAAAAAGAAGAAUGUUCAAGACAAAUCUUUAAAAGUGGUAAUAUGUAUAUUAUCGAAGCACAUAUAAAAGCAAAAUCUUUUAACUGUGGCCCACUUCUUUUAAGUUCCAUAGCAUCAACUCAGGUUCUAGAUUAUUUUUUUAUCAACUACCAAGAUAUUUUUUUCGCGGACAAUAACUAUAAUUGGAUGUGGAUUAGCUCAGUAGAGGUUCUGGAACAUUAUGAAAAGUUAAUGGAAAAGCUUUCAAGAAAAUUCAAGCUUGGCAAACUUACAGAAUAUUAUAGAGAUGUUGCAGAUACUUUUACUUUAGAGAAUCUUUUAAGGGCCAUUAAUAACAAAAAAUAUUAUAAUAUUGCCCCCGAUUUUUCACUACAAUCAUUCCAAAAUUUAGUCAAAAAAGCAAUUAAAGAAAACAAACAGGAUCUAAUUAUCUCAUUGAUAUCCUCAUUUGAGUUUAAAAAAGUGGAGGCUUAUUCACUAAUCACAAAUAACGAUGUUUAUAAUGAAAAGAUAAUGGCUUGGAUAUUUUCAAACUCUAGUUCAAUACAAUACCAUGGCCCUGGCCGUAUGGUUAUUACUUUCAAAUCCUAUGACAAAAAAGAAUUCAAAAUUCAAGGUGACCUUUUUUUCUGGUUUUUGGCAUGUAAUACCAUCGGAGAAUAUAAAGAAAUAUUCAGAUUAAAUCAACUCUUCCCAAGUAAUACUCAUCUCGAUCAAUAUUUUCAAUCUGUUUCAAAUUACACACCAGAGUUAAUAGACCUAAUAUUAAACUAUUAUAAAGAAAACAAACUAAAUUUUUUCACAGAUCCAAAUAUCACUAUUCCUGGUGGUGAAGAUGAAGUUGAAUAUGUCUCUUAUAGCAGUUUUAGUUUUGACUUUUUAUUCGAUGAAGCAAUUACCCCAAAAAAAGAUCUUCCCCUAUUAAAGCAUCUAAUUAACAAUCAUAGCUAUUUAUUUACUGAUGGUGAAGGUGCCCAAGAGCAACUUAACAAUAUAAAUCCUAAUAAUGUCAAUGUAAGAGAAAAGUUAAAAAAGAAAUUUUUAAAUAUGGUUACUUGGAAUAGAUUCGAAACUUCACAAUUAUUAUUUCAAUAUCUAGAUAUAACCGAAGAUGAUUUAAAUCAAAUAAAAAACACAUCUUAUAGACCUCAGUGCUGGUUAAAAGAUUAUUAUAUAACAAAUAAAAAAUAA